CGCACCAACUGUCAGUCGAACCACGAACUAGAACUGCUAUAGCCACGCGCCCUCUAACGCAAGAUUUGUAUUUUUUUAACGACUUUAAUACAGCUAACUAAUGUCGUACACUAAAGUAUUACCAGGUAUAGUCAGGGCAAAUUCUGACAACAUCAAGAGAAUAUGCUUGUCUCAGGGGAGAUUUCGGUCCACGGUCGCAUCCAAGCAACGUAAGGAGGUUGAAGGAGGGAAAGAAGAGCAGCAACUUGUUGAGUGCACCGUGGUGAAAGCUGUUCAAGCAGACCUCAUCAGCCAAACAAAAAAUAACACCGAUACUCAAACACGGAAGAUCGCAAUCGACUUUGAUAAUACACACGAAGCGUAUAAAAGUAAAGAUAACAUUGAGCUGCUUAGAAGUCUGUUGGUCUUCAAGCUUUGCACAUUCGACUUCCUCGUUGACAAGAACAAGGAGUUGAUGGACCUCAGCAAGAAAGUGUUUGGCAAGCGGCUGUUUGAGAGGCUGAUGAAGAUGACGUUCUACGGGCAGUUUGUAGCUGGGGAGGACCAUAACUCCAUCAAGCCUUUGAUCCAUAAGAACCAGGCCUUUGGCGUGGGCUCAGUCCUGGAUUACAGUGUGGAGGAGGACCUGACGCAAGAGGAGGCAGAGAAGAAGGAGAUGGACUCCUGUGUGUCUGAAGCCGAGAAAGAAAGUCCAGUGCCAGCUGGAGAACACUUUGUAAUGCAGGAACAUGACUACAGCGUUGACCACCGUGAGAAGAAGUACAAGGCCCACCGUCAGUUUGGGGACCGUCGUGGGGGCGUGGUCAGUGCCAGGACCUACUUCUAUGCUGACGAGGCCAAGUGUGACGCCCAGAUGGAGACCUUCCUGAACUGCAUCAAAGCGUCAGGGGGGGCCUCUGUGGAUGGAUUUUCUGCCGUUAAGAUGACUGCCCUGGGCCGCCCACAGUUUCUGCUCCAGUUCUCAGAGGUGCUGGUGAAAUGGAGGAGGUUCUUCAACCUCCUAGCAGCACAGCAGGGGAAGUCUGGCAUGGAUGCACUGGAGCAGAAACUGGAACUGGAACAGUUGAAGGAGAGUUUGACUAAGCUGGGUGUUGGAAAUAAAGACGACAUUGAGAACUGGUUUACUGGAGAGAAACUGGGCUCAUCGGGAACAAUAGACCUCCUGGACUGGAAUAGCUUGAUCAACGACAGAACAAAGAUCUCAAACUUGCUCGUCAUUCCCAACGUUGAGAAUGGUCAGCUGGAGCCUCUGUUGAGGAAGUUCACUGUUGAAGAGGAGAAACAGAUGAAGAGGAUGCUGCAGAGAGUGGAUGUUCUGGCUAAGCAUGCAGUGGACAAUGGGGUGAGGCUGAUGGUGGACGCUGAGCAGACAUACUUUCAGCCGGCCAUCAGCAGACUGACCCUGGAGAUGCAGAGGAUCUUCAACAGAGAGAAGCCCAUCAUCUUUAAUACCUACCAGUGCUACCUCAAGGAAGCGUAUGACAAUGUGUCUGUGGACGUGGAGCUGUCCCGGCGUGAGGGCUGGUACUUUGGGGCCAAGCUGGUUCGCGGCGCCUACAUGUACCAGGAGAGGAGCAGAGCGGAGGAAAUCGGUUAUGAGGACCCCAUCAACCCAGAUUAUGAGGCCACCAAUAGAAUGUACCACAAGUGUUUAGAGUUUGUGUUGGAGGAGAUCGAUCACAACAGAAAGGCUAAUGUCAUGGUGGCGUCACACAACGAGGACACUGUCAAAUUCACCCUGGGAAAGAUGAACGAGAUGGGUCUGUCCCCCACUGAGAAAAAGGUCUAUUUUGGACAGCUGCUCGGCAUGUGUGACCAGAUAAGCUUCCCUCUAGGCCAGGCUGGAUUCCCAGUGUACAAGUACGUCCCCUACGGCCCAGUCAACGAAGUCAUCCCCUACCUGUCACGCCGUGCCCUGGAGAACAGGGGCUUCAUGAAGGGAUCCCAGAGGGAGCGCAGCCUGCUGUGGAAGGAGCUCAAACGCAGGCUACUUAACGGACAGAUCCUCUACAAGCCUGUGUACUGACUGAGCUGACUGACUGGCACACCAGCACUCUGCCCCUUAAAACAUUCCAGUGUCUUAACUGAACCUGCCCUGGUCACAAUGGAGGAACCCAAACUGCCACUUAAUUGGAAUUUUCACAUAGUCAUGCACUGAUGUCAAUGGGAGACGAAAGUUAAAAUUUGACUUCCAGUAAGUGGAAGUUAGGCUUUACCCCUGUGGCUUUAGAAUGUACUGUAGGUAGGUGUGUCUAGUACUGAGAUAUGAUCCUAAUGCCAAGUGACCCUCUACCUUCCUUUUGCUCUAUUUAUUGCUGUUGAAAGUGUCCUUAUUAUAUACCAUGAUCCUUAUCCACUGCUUCUGUCAUGGUUUAGUGGCUUACAGUGGCUUGCAAAAGUAUUCACCCCCUUGGCAUUUUUCCUAUUUUGUUGCCUUAUAACCUGGAAUUAAAAUAGGGGGGGUUGUAUCAUUUGAUUUACACAACAUGCCUACCACUUUGAAGAUGCCACAUUUUUUUCUUGUGAAACAAACAAGAAAUAUGACCAAAAAAACUUAAUUGUGCAUAACUAUUCACCCCUCAGUGUUAUCUUUGGUCUCUUUGUUGCCUCUCUGAUUAAUGCCCUCCUUGCUUGGUCUGGGAGUUUUGGUGGGUGGCCUUCUCUUGGCAGGUUUGUUGUGGUGCCAUAUAGUUUCAAAAUUUUUUAUAAUGGAUUUAAUGGUGCUCCGUGGGAUGUUCAAAGUUUCGGAUAUCUUUUUAUAACCCAACCCUGAUCUGUACUUCUCCACGACUUUGUCCCUGACCUGUUUGGAGAGCUCCUUGGUCUUCAUGGUGCCGCUUGCUUGGUGGUGCACCUUGCUUAGUGGUGUUGCAGACUCUGGGGCCUUUCAAAACAGGUGUAUAUAUACUGAGAUCAUGUGAAAGAUCAUGUGAUACUUAGAUUGCACACAGGUGGACUUGAUUUAAAUUAUGUUACUUCUGAAGGUAAUUGGUGCACCAGAUCUUAUUUAGGGGCUUUAUAGCAAAGGGGGUGAAUACGAAAUGUAAACGGUUUUUUUUUUCACGCUAUUUUGUGUAUGUCCAUUACACGAAAUCCAAAUAAAACUUCAUUUAGAUCACAGGUUGUAAUGCAACAAAAUAGGAAAAAUGCCUAGGGGGGGUGAAUACUUUUGCAAGGCACUGUAUUCGGUGGUAUUUUUUAUGUAAAUAACUUAUUGAGUGGUUGUAUUAAACUGUAUUUGACUGCA